AUGAAGCGCUGUAUUAGAAAAACACCAAAUUGGGCUAAGCUGUAUAAUGUUCGACAGGAAAAGAGUGAGAAUCCAGCUGCCUUUUAUGAACGUCUGUGUAACACUUGUAAGAAAUACACAGACAUUGAUCCGGACAGUGCUAAUGGAAAGCAGGUGUUGAUUCCCCUCUUCAUUGGACAAUCUUAUGAGGACAUCAGGAAAAAGUUGCAAAAAUUGGAGGGGGCAUCGGGUAAAAAUAUAAGGGAGCUUUUAGAGAUUGCAAUGAAGGUUUAUGAUCGCAGAGACGAUGAGGAACGAAAGAAAGGGGCCCGCAUUUUGGCACUGGCCCUAAGGGAGGGAAAUGAGGAGAAGGGGGGCAAGGCUAAAGGACGACCAGGGCCACCGACAUUGCUCGGACGAGACAUCCUCACUAAAUUACAGGCGGAGAUCUCGUUCGAGAACGGGAAAAUGGAAGUUAGAAUCCCGAAACAACAAACCUCUAACUACCAGAUGGCUCUCAUAAGUGCUGGAAAUCACUCCUCGGAAUGUCAGGAGAGUGGCGAGAGCCAGCUGCCGGGGGUUAACGCUGAAGGGCUUACCUGUGCGCCUGAGAUUUUUGGCAGCCAGCUAAAAAGGGACCUGGCUCCAUUCCUAGCUAACCACCCUGCAUGUAACAUAGUUCAAUAUUGUGAUGAUCUACUCUUAAGCACUGAAACAGAGGCAGCAUGUAAAGAACACACAAUAGAGCUCCUUAAUUACCUUGGGGAACAAGGAUAUAAAGUUUCACGGGAGAAAGCUCAAUUAGUUAAGCAACAGGUCACCUUCCUCGGGUAUCACCUCUGCCAAGGGAGUCGCAGUUUGGGGAAAGAAAGAAUUCAGGUUAUACUCGACAGCCCUCAGCCCCGGAACCCCCGAGAAUUAAGAGCAUUUCUGGGACUGACCGGCUUUUGUCGACUCUGGAUUCCUGACUAUGGGGGAAAAGCUAAACCAUUAUAUGAGUCCCUAACUAAGGAAGGUUUGCUUCACUGGGUAUGGACCAAGGAAAUGGAAAAAGCAUUUCGAGAGCUUAAAGAAGCCUUGGUUCAGCCUCCUGCUCUGGCUCUCCCAGAUUCCCGAAAGCCAUUCACCCUAUACGUUCAUGAAAGGAGAGGGGUGGCAGCUGGAGUCCUGUGCCAGAGGUCAGGGCCAACCUGGCGACCCAUUGGGUACUAUUCAAAAGUCUUGGACCCCGUCGCCAAGGGAUGGCCUGCCUGUUUACGGGCCGUGGCAGCGACCGCCCUCCUCGUUCAGGAAGCCGAAAAAUUAACCCUGGGUGGAGAUACUGAAGUUGUGGUCCCCCACGGGGUGCCUCAGAUACUGGGAACUGGUGCUGGGGAAAAGCAUCUAAACCCCAGUCGACAUACUAGAUAUGAAGUGGGGCUCCUGUUGGCCCCCAAUCUGACCUUUAAGACAGUCAGUUCCCUUAACCCGGCCACUCUACUGCCCGACCCUCAGGCCUCCUCUGAGGCCGGUCCUAUUCAUGACUGUAUUGAAGUCUUACAACAAGAGACCAAACCCCGAUCUGAUCUCUCAGACCUGCCCUGGCCCAACCCCGAUGUUGAGGGAUAUGUUGACGGGUCUAGUUAUGUGGUAAAUGGCAAGCGAUUUACUGGGGCGGCAGUAGUGAUUAAGGAUAAAGGGAUACACAAAUUUAAACUCAGCCCCAACUUAUCUGCUCAGGCAGCAGAACUAGUGGCUCUCAUUGAAGCUCUCCGCUUGGGAGCCGGGAAAACCCUUAACUUGUAUACUGACAGUCGGUAUGCCUAUAUGGUAGUGCAUGCACAUGGGACCCUGUGGAGAGAAAGAGGAUUCAUUACGGCCUCAGGCCAAAAGAUUGCACAUGGGAGCCUCAUUAAAACGUUGCUCGAGGCCCUAAUGCUCCCUCUCCGGGUUGCCGUGAUACAUGUGCGUGCCCAUGGGAAAGCCCCAGAGGCCGAACAGCGGAGGUAUAACCAGCUAGCUGAUCGGGCCGCGAAGGAGGCCGCCCGAGACGGGGCCUUAUGGCUUCUCAUGGUUCAGGAUACCGAGGCUAAAACCCCUCCUCCCCAAUACACGGCCGAGGAGAUAGGUCAAGCCCAGGCUGCGGGAGGCCGGCAGGUUUCCUCUGGAUGGUGGAGACUGCCUGGGGGAGAGGUUUUUGUCCCCAGGCCAGUACUCCAGGAAAUCUUCCGGCUCUUGCAUAAAGAGGGACAUUUGGGGUCUGGGGCAAUGGUUGAUUUGGCCGCCAGAUCCCUGAAGGGACUAGGUAUGCACAUGGAAGCCCAAAGAAUUGUUAGUAAUUGUGCCAUUUGUCAGCAAACAAACCAGAAGGGAUGUGGCCCUCCUGCCCCGAUGGGAGGCCGACCAUGGGCUAUGUUCCCUUUUCAAAGGUGGCAAGUGGACUUCGCUGAGGUGCCCCCUUGCAGGGGCUAUAAAUACCUGCUUGUUUUUGUCGAUCAACUUACCGGAUGGGUGGAAUGUUACCCCAGCCGGCAUUGUCAGGCCCGGGCUGUCACCAAAGCCCUGUUACAGGAGAUACUCCCUCGCUUCCAUCUCCCCGAGGUAAUUGAAUCCGAUAGGGGAAGCCACUUUGUUUCACAAGUGGUCCAGCAGGUGUCCCAGGCUCUCGGCAUACAAUGGAAACUACAUACACCCUGGAGGCCGCAGAGCUCGGGUCAAGUAGAAAGGAUGAAUAGAACUCUCAAGGAUACUCUUACUAAAAUAUGCACAGAAUCUAACUUAAAGUGGCUCGAUGCUUUGCCACUCGCCCUCACCCGCAUUCGGAGGGCCCCGCGAAAGGGUCUUAAACUUUCACCCUUUGAGCUGGUCUUUGGAUUUCCUCCCCGAGUACUUAUCCCAGGGUUCCGGGAGGACGUAACCUGGGAAGUGGGAAAUGACUUACUAUGGAAACAGGUUUCCGGGUUGCAAUCUGUUUUGUUACAGCUGCAUCGAUACGCGGCGCCUUUCCAGGCCCUUCCCUUGGACCAGACCGUGCAUCCAUUCCGGAUCGGUGACCAGGUCCUUAUCAAAAAGUGGAAGCGUGACCCUCUCACGCCGAGGUGGGACGGUCCACACACUGUUUCGCUCAUCAGCCAAGCCGCGGUUAAAGUCCUCGGGAGCGACAAAUGGACACACCACACACGGGUUAAGCGGUUCCUGAACCCGAACCUGGAAGCCGACUCAACAGAAGAGGACAUCAGCCCUCUGUCCGCCCCGGCUCCGGAGGCCCGGGGUGGCACGGGCGAAGACACCGUCUGGGAAUAUCAAGGACUAGACGGACUAAAAGGAUUGUUUAAGAGAAAACGAUGAUGCAUUUACUAUUAAUACUAUUGUUUGUAUAUUCGCACUGUUAUUCUGAUUGGGAGAAUAGGUUUGUGCAACUAGGGGAGACAAUAGCUAAUUCCUUUAAUCUUAGCAGCUGCUGGGUUUGUGGGGGUCCAGGGGAUUGGAAUGAGUGGCCUUGGGUAGCCCAGCCAGUACAAGCUAAAUGGUGGAUUAGUAACCUGAGUAUAGUCCAUGAUGGAACGGGACAUUGGACUGAGGAUAGCAGUCCUUGGCGCCUCUAUUCUUCUGGAGUAGGGAUCCUUUGUCUCAAUCGGACUCGACAAGAAGGAGUGUCUGUGGGUGAAAGCCGAUGUGAUUGGACCCUGUCUCUAGGGUUUGACUGCCACGAUCACCCUAGUUGCCAUACGUAUGACUGUUCUAAAUAUCAAGGGCGAUGGAACGACACCCACGUACAACUCACUAAUCAUAGCUGGGUGCAAUGUUCCUACCAACAGCAUACUGGCGAGGGUUGUAAGGCCGUAGGACUAGAUGGGUUCUUUGAUGCCCUCUUUAUAAGUUGCCAGCGCGACAACACCAUCAGUAAGGACCAUGUGGUACGCUGGUACCAGUGGGCAUGGCAACACUCUAAUGGAACUCGGGUAACCCAUUUCAACCAUUUCUGGUCUACAACCAAUAGCCCUAAAUUCGGUUGUAAUUGUGGUUGGAGGGAAGGGGCUGGGGCGUGGAAAUGUGAAUAUUGCAAUCCCGAAGGUACGUCCAUCGUACUAGGGGGUCCCCUAGAGAUGGGUAACUCUUUAUACUACGAAGAGCCGGGCCCCGAGGACUACCCCGAGACUUGGGAGGGCCCCCUUUGCAAAAGGAAAUUGGGCCCUAAAGGGUCACUAUUGGAUAUGUGGGCAAUAUGCUUAUCGAAGACUGCCCCCAAAUUGGUCAGGAAUAUGUUACGUUGGCUACAUUAGGCCCUUGUUCUUCCUACUACCCCAGGUACAAGGAGGCAAAUUGGGAGUCAAGGUGUACGAUGAUCUGAUUAGGGAGAGGCGGUCUGUGGAUUCCUCAUUGACCGUUGGAAGCUCCCAAACGUGGGGAGCUCAGGAAUGGCCCCCUGAGAGAAUUAUAAAACAUUAUGGGCCAGCUACAUGGAAUCCAAAUGAAUGGAUCGCAGGGGCAAGAGAGCCCAUUUACAACUUAAAUCGGAUAAUCAGGUUGCAAGCUAUCUUGGAAAUAAUAACUAAUCAGACGGCUGAGGCCCUUGAUCUCUUAGCCGAUCAGUCCACUCAGAUGAGAAAUGUGAUCUAUCAGCACCAUCUAGCUCUUGAUUAUUUGUUGGCAGAGGAAGGAGGAAUCUGUGCAAAGUUAAACGAGUCUAAUUGCUGCUUACAAAUAGAUGAUAAUGGAAAAGCAGUAAAGCAAAUAACAAAGGAAUUGAGGAAGUUAGCCCACGUCCCGGUCCAAACCUGGGGUGGGUGGAAUACGGAUUGGUUUACGUCCUGGUUGCCGCAACUAGGAUGGCUGCGAGAAGGUUUUCUUCUCUUUGUGCUUUUUAUUACAACCCUAUUAACCCUAGCUUGCUUCGCUCCCUGUGUAAUUACCUUGGUCCGACGAGUGGUGAAUCAAAUGAUACAUCAACGAAUGAUGGCUAUGUAUCACCCAGUAAAAGCUGAGGACUGGGGGCCGUAAGGCUCUCAAAUUGCUUUUUAGGGGGGAAUUGUUAGACAAAAGGGCCAGAUAUAUG